UUGUACAGUAAUUAACAUAAUGUAUAACCAAUUCUGUUGUACAGUAAUUAACAUAGUGUAUACACUUCUGUUGUAGGAAUUUCAUCAAAACUGUUGAGGAACCUAAAAAAGUUUCAUUAGAUUUACCAAAAACAGACAAAGAGGUAUUAAAGAUGGCUAUUUUACUGUUGGACUUGCUUCUAUCUGGGAUGGGCACUUUGCUUUCUUUCUUGUACUGUAACAACCAAUUAGCCUUUCUCACGCCGCCAUUUUUGGGGUACUGCCUUUCCAAAUCUGAGAUUGCACGCAGUGAAUAAGGGAUUUGUAUAACUAUAAUUGUAAGUCUAAUCAUAAGUUAAUUUACAGUUAAAUAUUUGAAAAAAAUAUUUUCACAUCGCUUAGAUUUUUCACGUCGCUUUCAAAAAAGUACCCCAAAAAUAGCGAAUUUGGCCUUCGUGAGAAAGGCUAAUUGGGUUUUUUUUAUUGUAUCCAAUUCAUUUUGUUUUAGAGGAAAAUGAAUAGACAGGAACGAUUUGGUAUUCCCUUAAAUGAAAAACAAAAGAAACUUGCAAGAGCAGAAAGGUAUAGGGUUUUACUUUUACUGCAGUAGCACUUACCAGACUGCUCAGUUUUAAUAACCUUAGUGUCAAAAUUACUUUCGUAGAUUGAAUUUUCGAUGCAAUAAUAAAAAUCUGGAACACAUGUUUUUGGGAUACCCUUUAUUUUCAUCCACAGCACUUGUUCUUGAGAGUGGUGUUAUUAACACUUCUAUCAGUGACCACUUACCAGUGUACGUCCUACUAAAGUUAAAGGCCCCAAAGAUGCCAGCAUGUUACAUUACAACUAGGAGUUGUAAAAACUAUAAUCCCUCACUAUUCUCCUCUGACCUUGUCACUAAAUCGGAUCGUCUGUUAUCCAUAUUAUCCAACACCAACGUUAAUACAAUACUCGAAACCUUCAAAGAUGUUCUUCACUCAACUCUCGACGUGCAUGCACCGUUAAAAACCUUCAAAAUUCGAAAUCGAUCAUGUCCAUAUGUCACCAAUGAAAUAAAAGAACUCAUGAAGUCUCGGGACCUACACCUCCGUCGGUUUCAACUGACACGUGAUGAAGGUGAUUGGGUAGUUUACAAAGAAUAUCGUAAUAACGUAAAAACCAAAAUUAAAGCCGCAGCGAAGGACCACACCUUCAACGAAGUAAGAGAACAUAAACACAAUUCGAGAUCCCUAUGGAAAAUAAUUAAUAAUAUAAUUCCCUCGAAGGAAAAGGAAACACAAGUUUAUAGUAAAGAUCCAAAAACAGUUGCAGAAGAUUUCAACCUUUUUUUUACUUCUGUGGGACGGAACGCUGCUGCGACAGCCGAAAGUUUAGCCAAAGACAACAAUGUUGCACUGUCAAAUCCUCUGUCAAAUGUAAUCACUUAUCCAUCUGAUCAACUGUUCAAUUUCCAAUCCGUUACUUGUACAGAGGUUCAAUGCAUUAUCAUGGCUAUGCCAAGUAAUAAGUCACCAGGACCAGAUAAAAUAGGCAUGCGUGUCAUCAAAGACUGUCUUCCAAUCAUACUGGGUCCUCUUACGCAUAUGAUAAAUUGCUCUCUAAUGACAAGCACAUUCCCUGACCUAUGGAAGAUUUCUGAAGUUAUACCCCUACUAAAAGAAGGAGACCACGAGAUAGCCUCAAACAAUCGGCCUCUCUCACUACUCGACGUAGUUUCAAAAGUUUGUGAAAAAGUUGUUCUAAAUCAAUUUAGCCCCUACCUCAAAGAAUUUAAUCGCAUAUCGUCACAUCAAAGCGGGAAUAGGAGUCUUCACUCCACCGAAACCUUAAACAUAUUUGUUACCGAUACGAUGUUGGAAGCCAUAGACAACAAAAAUCUAACGGCACUAAUUUUAUUGGAUUUAUCCAAGGCAUUUGACAGUGUCAGUCAUUCGAUUUUAUUACACAAAUUGAGUUGUAUCCGUGCUUCAUCCGAAGCUGUUAAAUGGUUCCAAGACUAUUGAACAGGCAGAUCCCAAUACGUGCGCAUUGGAUCCACCAAGUCAUCAGCUCGCCCGAUAACCCAUGGCGUUCCACAAGGUGCAAUACUAUCACCACUUCUGUUUUGCAUCUAUAUUAAUGAUCUGCCAGGGAGCAUACAAUCGUGUAACCUUGAUUCAUACGUAGACGACUCAAAGCUUUACAAGUCAUUCUGCAUCUACGACUUGGAACAGACAACUAUCAAUUUAGAGGCAGAUCUACAAAUAGCAGCCAAGUGGUGUUUGGAGCACCAAUUACUGAUCAAUCCAGAAAAAACUAAAUUCCUUGUAGUCGGUUCAAGACCCAUGCUGCAGAACGUACCUACAGAAAUAUCGCUAACGUUUUUAGGAAAGACCAUAAGACCUGUUUUAUUAGCUAAAGAUUUGGGAAUCAAUUUGGAUUCGUACCUAUCCUACGACGACCACAUAUCUAAACUCGUUUCGUCGUGUAUGAGAAAACUAUGUCAAAUAAAUCGCGUGAAGGAUAGUUUCGAUAAUGAAACAUUAAAAUUGGUCAUUGAGACACUUGUAAUUAACAAGCUUCUGUACUGCUCUACGGUGUGGUCCAACACGUCAUCUAACAAUAUCAAUAAACUUCAAUCAGUGCAGAUUGCAGAACUUCGCGUGCAGAGUUAUAUCAGGGUAGGAAAGUUCGAUCACAUAACUCCGGCGUUGCGCGAACUAAAUUGGUUGCCAGUGGAAAAGUUAUUAUUGGAAAGGGAUACUGUAAUGGCUUACAAGUGUUUUAAUGGACUUGCACCUGACUACCUAGUAGAUAAAUUUAUAAAGCGUUCCGACAUACAUGAUCGAUCGACAAGAAAUUAUGACCUCUUGGACAUCCCUCUGUAUAAAUCUGCUGCAGGUCAAAGAACAUUUAAUUACCGGGGUGUUAAAAUAUGGAAUGACUUGGAUGAUAAACUAAAAAAUAUUACAUCAAUAACAAUUUUUAAGAAAAAACUUAGGGAGAUUUUACUAAAAGAAUCCUAUUAAAUACAUUUAAUAUUUCAUACGCUUUGUACAUAUUUUAACUAAUUUUAAAUAAGUAUAUGUAACAUAGGUAGUUUUAGAAGUAAUUUAUAGUAAUUUUAAUAUGUAAUGUAGUGUUGAAAAGCCCUUAGGGGAACACGCAAUAAAGUAUCUAUCUAUCUAUCUAUCUAUCUAUUUUAAGUAUUAUAUACUAAAGUGUAUUAUAUAAUUAUAAUAGAUUUGGUGCUGGUGGAAAAACUAAUGCUGCUGGAAAUCAAAAACUUGCUGGAUUUACAAAAGUAUGCAUAAAUGCAUAUCAGUGCAUUAUUUUAUUAUCAGUGCAAUAUUCAGAACUACUAACCCCUCCAAAUUUUAUUUUGCUAGGAUUCAGCUGAUAUAGAAAAGUUAUCAAAACGAGCUGAACGGUUUGGAGCGGUUUCUCCCAUUGUCACCAAGGUAUUGUAAACUUUGCAAGACUUCUAAUUAGAACAUAAUAUAUAAUGAGGCUAUUAUUCCAUUUAUGUUCUAAUUAGCCCACUAACAAAACUUGUGUUUUCAUAUAGACAGAGAGGAAGUUGUUGGCUAAAUGAAUUAUUUAAUAUUUUAGACGGUUGAAGAAGAAAAAAUUAAAAAGAGAAAAGAAAGAUUUGGUGUUUCAACUUCAGGCUUGGGUUCGGACGCGGAGGUGCGUGUCUCUUUAUAUAUAUUAUACAAAUGUUAAUAUAUCUGACAUUGCAUUACACUAGAAAAGUAUACUAGAAAAGUAGAAAAGAACUAGAACAGUAGAAAAGUAUACUCAAUAUACUAGAAAAUCGUCGUAAUGUAUUUCCUAAAGGUAGAGACUAGAGUCAGAUCUAGAAAAUAUAUUUCUCUUCCUAGCAACAAAGUCCAAAAAUAAAAUUUCCUAUGUAUAUAUUUCAAAGAACGAACGGUGCCGUACAGUGUGAUCAAUUUCAAUCUUCGGCACAAGAUAAUCUCGACUUGUAAAAUGCUUUUGGAAUUUUUAAGUAAAUUAUUCGACAGUCCAGUAAUUAGUAUAUAAGAUGACAGGAAUUUCCUGCAAAAUGUAAAAACUUCCUGCGAAGAUAUUUUGUUAAACAAUUCCUGGCAGCCGUGCUGCUGGACAUUUUCCACCACUCGGUAGAGUAAUACCAGCAACAAAAGCCGCUUUAACCUAUAAUUUUUUAGAAAUGUUUAUGCAGAACAACAUGCGUUAACCUUGUUAAAACAUGCUGCGUGACAGUGACAGCCAAUCUCUAUGGCGACAGCACCAAAAAGGUCACGAAACAAUACAAAACUACGUUCCAUGAGUAAUUAUUAUUUCCACUUUAAAUGUCAUGUCUUUUUUCAUCUUUCACACCGGCCGCCAGUUUUGGCUAUCUUAUCUGUUCUUUUCAAUGUUUUGUAAAACAAUUAUUGAAUUCAGCUUAACCCAACCCUGGGAACGAGGUUGGGCUUAUCCAUGUCCAUGAUAUCAAGACUUAUUCUGACUUCGGUCAUUGACAUUGUUACCCACCUCAGCUUCGCUUUGGCUGAUAUUAAACAUUGACUUCGCGAUAUCAUAAUAAUUGUUUAUGUUCAACGGGUCGAAAAUAAAUUUAUGGUGGUUGGAUUUUUGCCAUUUAUCAAUUUGCUUUAUGCUCAAUGAACCAGCUCAAAGUUGAUGAGAGUUGGCGGUGAAACGUGAGCAAGAGUUACAACUCUCAUUAAUUAAAACCGUCGGGUACGGCCCCCAGGUUGAACAUCUUGGCAAGAUCUUACCAGGUCUUACAAGAUCUUAUAAGAUCUUGCCAAGAUCCUAUCAAUAACUAUUCUUGGCAAGAUCUUGCCAUGAUCUUACCACCAUUUUCGUGUUUUCUUGCCAAGAUCUUGGAAUGAUUGUAAAAAGAAAAUUUGUAAAAAGAAAAUACAUUUUUUUCAAGAUCUUACCAUGAUGUUCCAAGAUCUUGGCAGGAUUUCACCAAAAUCUAGCCAUGUUUGUACCAUGAUCUUGUUACAAUCUUGGGAAGAUCUUGCAUCAUGAUAUUUUCUGUGUUGGUGCUUGUGAUGUCUGUUACGGCACAGAAUAAAGAUCCAUACAGAAGUGCCACUUACGUCGGAAGCUUUGACGUUUCUGUCCUCGCGCAUGUCACAUUACGCAUAUCUGUAUCAUUGCUCUAACCAGUCAAUGACAUUUUCUGGCCAAUAAACAUGCUGUACUGGCUGGUUGCUCCGCCUUCUGGCCAAUAAACUGCAUAUUUUUGCAUAAAAAACGAGGACGUGUUGCACCGCUGAGUGGCCCUUCUGUUACUGAUCUUUAUUCUGUGGUUACGGUUCGGAAUCAUAAGUCUUGGUAUUUAUUCAAAAAUAGGAUGUCUUCGCGCUUGUGGUGCACUUGUUUAAGUCGCCAACGUGCGGUUUUGCGCAUGCUCCAGGGAACCGCACUGUAGUACUGGUUUUGUAACUGCAUAAUCUGUUUAUUUUCAGGCUAGAAAAAAGAUGAGAGCAGAGAGGUUCAAACAAACUUAGUUACAGAUUGCCCCACGAUGACAUCACGUCUUGCAGUGCCACUGUUCACACCUGAUAUUUAGGCUGAUCUUUGUCACCGCUACAGGCGUAAACUCUAAAUCUGCAACUACAAAACUUCAUUCGACAAUUGCAAGUUUAAAUACUGUAUAUUAACAGUUCAACUGCAUUAGCAAAAUAUUUUUUUAUAUCUACAGAUGUGUAGUUUUUUACAUGGCAUCCAUAUAAUAAUUGUACCAAAUUCUGUUAGUCGGCGGCUGUUGAGGCGCGGCAAAGCAAAAAUUAAGAAGUUCUACGCAGCCUACUAUAAUACACGCUUCCAGAAAGUACGCCACCUUGGCUAUAGAGCCUCUUUUCGUGGUUGAGAUAUUGAUCUUUGACUAAUGUCCACAUCACGAAAUCGAGGGUCUAUAGCCAAAGUGACGUACUUUGCGGUGUAUUGUAAAGCCCAUAGUUAUCUUAUAUACACUAGAUAGUGCAUCUAAUUAUUCUGCAAUUCAAAAAUUGAAGCCGUGAUUGCAGUUUCAGGUCGUUCUCAUAAAAUGAGAAGAUCGUAUGUUUUCUAUUUCUUAAACAGGGAACUUAAACACUAAGUUAACCCUAUUCCAAAUACGUUUUUAAACUAUUCAAAUGAUGGAAGUUAUUGUUUUUAAGCGUUUAUUAGCAAGUGGGAACGACCAACAUGGCCUCCAUCUAUUCAAAUGGGGGUAACCGCUGGAAUAUUCUUGGCUUCAAUAUUACUAAAAGAGAUGCGCUAUCUAGUGUAUAUAAGAUAUCUAUAUGGUAAAGCCUCGUUCAAACCAGCUCAACAUGUUCAACAUCAUCCUAUCAUUGAUGAAUGCAACAUUGUCGGCUUUGUUCAAACAUUGUUUAGUACUGAUGGAAGACGUUGGAUCAAGUUUGACUUUAUUCAGAAUUUUCAGUAUUGGACUGGUUUGAACAGGCCUUACGUCUGUCUGAGUAAGGUGUUGUGUUGUGUUGUGUUAUAGUCGAUAAACUGCUGUAAAACGUGAUUUAAAUAGUUCAUGGUUUGCAAGUGUGUCCCCGGCAAAAAAUGCAAUAGCUGUGUUCCAGAUUUUUUACACACGUCAGCUAAUUAUUUGCGGCAUCGAAAAUUGGAGAGAAUUUUGACACUUAGAUUAUUAAAAUUAUACAUGGUGAUGAACAUAUUCCGGUGACUGGUUGAUUGUAACAUUAAAAAACAAACUAUAUAUCAACCUCGUUCCCAGGGCUUUUCCCUUUUUGUCAUUGGGAAGGCGGGAAAAGGCCCUGGCACCGGCCGGUCUUCUAUGUAUUCUGAUUGGUCAAUGACAAGGACAUUAUUAAGCAAAUAA